AUGUUUUCAGCAAAAUUCUUGGACAAAAAAGAAAGUCAUCUUAAUCAUGCACGAAUCGGCAAAGAUAAAAAUCGUGUCAUGAAUUUAACUCAUCAUCAACAACAAAUGCAUCAUCAUCAUCACCAUCCAUCUUAUUCACAGCCGAUAUCUUCGACAAGUCGAACAACAGCAUUCGCAAUUCAAGAAAUUCUCGGCCUUACAUCAACAGAUCUCGCAGCAGCACGCGCUUAUGCCGACCAUCAAGCCUAUACCGCGUACUUGUCUCGAUCAAGUCUGUUUUCGUCUCCGUAUCAUCCUCAACAUCAUCCAGCGGGAUCGUUUAUUAACCCUGAUGUGACGCAUCCACAUACGAAUUUUCUUCAACAAUUCUCGCCAACCAAUUCGCAUAAUACAAAUACAACGCUCGAUUCUUUACAAGAUAAUUUAGACCGAGAUAUUCUUCUUGGAAACACAACAACGGGAAACGAAACUUGUGGCAGUAAUGAUAAAUUGAAUUUGAACGGAACAAACAAUAGUAAUAGUAGUGGAUCAGGAAAGAAGAAAAAAUGCAAGAGAAGACACCGAACUAUAUUUACAAGUCAUCAAGUUGAAGAACUAGAAAAGGCAUUUAAAGAUGCUCAUUAUCCGGAUGUCUUUGCACGCGAAUUAUUGGCUGUUAAGACUGAUCUACCAGAAGAUCGAAUUCAGGUUUGGUUCCAAAAUCGCCGCGCAAAAUGGCGUAAAACAGAAAAAACAUGGGGAAAAGCAACUGUCAUGGCCGAAUAUGGUCUUUACGGCGCAAUGGUUCGACAUUCACUUCCAUUACCUGACACUAUCGUCAAAUCAGCUAAAGAUGGUAUCGACUCAUCCUGUGCACCAUGGCUACUCGGUAUGCACAGGAAAUCGUUAGAAGCAGCCGAACAAUUGAAGAAAAUGGUCAAAGAUGACGGAGAAGAAGGUGAAGAUACCAUUGAACAUGAUGAAGACGAUGAUGACGACGAUGAUGACGAUUGUAGUAGUACACAUUCGAGAGAAUCAUCUCGUUUAAUAUCAGGUUCAACUCAAGUGGAUAUGACAGAAACAAUGAGAAGUGAAAGCAUUGCUGCGCUUCGUGCUAAAGCUCAAGAGCAUAGUGCGCGAACAACAGCACCGAAUAAUUGUCAACAAUAA